GGUAGCCUCAAAUUAUUUUUAAUCAUAUUGUUUAUAAAAUUAGUUAUAAUUGUGCUAUGCUGAGAUUAAUAAACGUAAUGUUUAACCCCGAGAUGUUAUAUAAAUUUAAAACGAAUUAACGUUAUAUAAUCAAUAAACACGACGUUCAUUUCUAAAUAAAAAAUGAAGACGAAACAACCGUAUUCUCCUAAUCAAAGAUUAAGACUUGAUAGUUUUAGUACUAUCAAUGAAAAACCGGUGGACGAUAUAUCUUUACAAUUUUUCUACAAACCACAUACGAUAACUCUUCUUUUAAUAUCGAUAGCAGGUCUGAUUUAUUUCGCUUUCGUAAGAGACACCGAUAACUUGGAGAACAACAUUUGGGCGGGAAUAUUAUGUUGUUGUUUCUUUUUUUUAAUCAUAUCGGUGUUGGCUUUUCCGAACGGACCUUUUAUACGUCCGCACCCGGCAAUAUGGCGUUUGGUAUUCGGAAUGAGCGUCAUCUAUCUACUCGUAUGCCUAUUCGUAUUAUUCCAAAACUACCAGACCGUUAAAAACAUCCUGUCCUGGUUGGAUCCUUCGCUAAAGGAUUUCCAUUUGGAUAUGGACAAGGAAUACGGUGUAAACUGCUCUGAUAUAACAGUGGAGAGGAUAUGGGGGCACGUGGACAUAUUUGCUUUGGGCCAUUACCUCGGGUGGAUGUUCAAAGCGGUUUUGAUCCGGCACAUGGGGAUUUUGUGGGCGAUAAGUUGUAUGUGGGAGAUAACGGAAUUGGCGUUCGCUCAUCUGCUACCGAAUUUCAUCGAAUGUUGGUGGGACGCUUUGAUUUUGGACGUUUUGUUGUGUAACGGCUUCGGGAUUUGGUGCGGUCUGAAAAUAUGUAAGAUAUUGGAAAUGCGCGAAUAUAAAUGGGUGGGAAUAAAGGAUAUUCACAGUACGACGGGGAAGAUAAAACGCGCCAUGUUGCAGUUUACCCCCGAGAGUUGGACGUCGGUGAGGUGGUUGGACCCCAAGUGUUCGUAUAUGAGAAUAUUCGCGUUGUGUCAGUUGGUGUUGUUUUGGCAGGCAUCGGAAUUGAAUACGUUUUUUUUGAAACACGUUUUCGAACUACCCUCGUCGCAUUUUUUAGUGACCGGUCGGUUGAUUUUGAUUGGGGUGAUCGUGGCCCCAUCUGUGCGGCAAUAUUACAGUUACACGACGGAUACUAGUUGUAAAAGAGUCGGGACUCAGUGCUGGGUGUACGGGUGUAUUAUGGUAACUGAAUCUUUGAUUUGUAUUAAACACGGUAGGAAAUUAUUCGAACAGACUCAAAUUGUGAAUAUGGUCGUUUGGGUGUUGAUAAUGUUUAUCGUUUCCGUUGGGGUGGUUGUGGGAUGUGUUAUGUGGCACAAGUACGACCCCGAUUCGUCAAAUUUUACCCCUAAGAAAACGAAAAUUCAAAUUCAAACAACUAAAGACGAUUAGAGUUUCUGUUGUGAUAAAACAAAUUAGAUAAUUAACUCAAUAUGUUAAAAUGACAUGCUCUCUAAUUUUGUUUCUUCAUUUUCGUAUAUUUUCCAGUCCCAAAUCGACAGGGUGUUUUGUUAUAUAUAUUUUUUAAAUAUUUACUUUUACUUUCAUCUUUAACCUCGUAUAAUUUCCACAAAUAACAAUUUGAACAAACUAAUUAUUAUCCUUUAUUUUGACCCUUCUUUUCCUUAACUAAUGACAUAAAAUCAAAAUCUAUAUUUUUCAUUAUUACAGUUUUAUUAAAUUUUAUAAGGGAGCUUGUAAAAAUUUAUAAAAAUCUCACUUUCAACUUUAACCUCGUAUAAUUUCCACAAAUAUGUAAUUGGAAUAAUCGAAUUUGGUCACUAAUCUAAAACCAUCUUUCUUCUAACUAAUCCCAUAAUAUUCAAAUCAGCACCCUUACUGGUUUCUUAGUUAUUUGAAAUUAUACGAGAGUGUGUGAAAGUAAGUUAUAACAUUUUGACCUUGAACUUCAACCUCGUAUAAUUUCCACAAAUAACAAUUUGAACAAACUAAUUAUUAUCCUUUAUUUUGAUCCUUCUUUUCCCUAACUAAUGACAUAAAAUCGAAAUCUAUAACUUUCCUUGUUUGGAAUUUAUUCCAAUUUAUACGAGAGCAUGUCAAAAUUAGUCUAAAAAAAUUUACCUUGAACUUCAACCUCGUAUAAUUUCUACAAAUAUUUAAUUGGAAUAAUCGAAUUUGGUCACUAAUCUAAAAGCAUCUUCCCUCUAACUAAUCUCAUAAUAUUCAAAUCAGCACCCUUACUGGUUUCUUAGUUAUUGAAAUUAUACGAGAGUGUGUGAAAGUAAGGUAUAAAAUUUUGACCUUGAACUUCAACCUCGUAUAAUUUCCACAAAUAACAAUUUGAACAAACUAAUUAUUAUCCUUUAUUUUGAUCCUUCUUUUCCCUAACUAAUGACAUAAAAUCGAAAUCUAUAACUUUCCUUGUUUGAGAUUUAUUCCAAUUUAUACGAGAGCAUGUCAAAAUUAAUCUUAAAAAUUUUGACCUUGAACUUCAACCUCGUAUAAUUUCCACAAAUAUGUAAUUGGAAUAAUCGAAUUUGGUCACUAAUCUAGAAGCAUCUUUCCUCUAACUAAUCUCAUAAUAUUCAAAUCAGCACCCUUACUGGUUUCUUAGUUAUUGAAAUUAUACGAGAGUGUGUGAAAGUAAGUUAUAAAAUUUUGACCUUGAACUUCAACCUCGUAUAAUUUCCACAAAUAACAAUUUGAACAAACUAAUUAUUAUCCUUUAUUUUGAUCCUUCUUUUCCCUAACUAAUGACAUAAAAUCGAAAUCUAUAACUUUCCUUGUUUGAGAUUUAUUCCAAUUUAUACGAGAGCAUGUCAAAAUUAAUCUUAAAAAUUUUGACCUUGAACUUCAACCUCGUAUAAUUUCCACAAAUAUGUAAUUGGAAUAAUCGAAUUUGGUCACUAAUCUAGAAGCAUCUGUCCUCUAACUAAUCUCAUAAUAUUCAAAUCAGCACCCUUACUGGUUUCUUAGUUAUUUGAAAUUAUACGAGAGUGUGUGAAAGUAAGUUAUAACAUUUUGACCUUGAACUUCAACCUCGUAUAAUUUCCAUAAAUAACAAUUUGAACAAACUAAUUAUUAUCCUUUAUUUUGAUCCUUCUUUUCCCUAACUAAUGACAUAAAAUCGAAAUCUAUAACUUUCCUUGUUUGAGAUUUAUUCCAAUUUAUACAGGAGCACGUCAAAAUUAGUCUUAAAAAAUUUACCUUGAACUUCAACCUCGUAUAAUUUCCACAGUUAUGAAAUUGAAAAAACUGAAGGGGGUCACUAAUUUAGAAGCAUAUUUCCUCUAACUAAUCUCAUAAUAUUCAAAUCAGCACCCUUACUGGUUUCUUAGUUAUUUGAAAUUAUACGAGAGUGUGUGAAAGUAAGUUAUAACAUUUUGACCUUGAACUUCAACCUCGUAUAAUUUCCAUAAAUAACAAUUUGAACAAACUAAUUAUUAUCCUUUAUUUUGAUCCUUCUUUUCCCUAACUAAUGACAUAAAAUCGAAAUCUAUAACUUUCCUUGUUUGAGAUUUAUUCCAAUUUAUACAGGAGCACGUCAAAAUUAGUCUUAAAAAAUUUACCUUGAACUUCAACCUCGUAUAAUUUCCACAGUUAUGAAAUUGAAAAAACUGAAGGGGGUCACUAAUUUAGAAGCAUAUUUCCUCUAACUAAUCCCAUAAUAUUCAAAUCCAUACCUUUCCUGGUUUUAGAGUUAUUUAAAAUAAAACGAGAGUAUAUAAAAAUUAGUCUCGAAAAUUUUUUUGUACUUUAACCUCGUAUAAUUUUCAUAAAUAUGCAAUUGAGGAAACCGAAUAUGGUCACUAAUUCAGAAGCAUCUUUCUUCUAACAGGUGCCAUAAGAUUUAAAUCCACAUCUAUCCUUGUUUGGGAUUUAUUCAAAUAUAUACGAGAGCAUGUCAAAAUUAGUCGUAAAAAAUUUACGGUGGACUUUAACCUUUUAUAACUUUCAAAAACAUCAAAUUUCAAGGACAAACUGUGGUCACUUAUGUAGAAUUAUCUUUCCUCUGAUUAAUUACCCAUAAUUCAGAACCACAAGUUUCAUUGUUUCAUAUUUUAUCGAACUUAUACGAAGGCAUAUAAAAAUUGGUGUAAAAAAAUUUCACCUUGAACUUAAUUUUAUUUGUACAAAUAUAAAAUUUGAAAAAUCGAAUAUGAUCAUUUAUUUAGAUCUGUUUUCCCUCUAAUCAACGACAUAAAGUCAAAAUAUGUAUCUUUAAUUUUUUUGAAAUUUUUAAGAGAGAAUGUGGAAAUGAGUAUUAAUUAGUUUCAACACUACCCUGUAUAAUAAAAUUAAAACGUGCCAUAACACAAAUUUAUAAUCUCUCUAUAAAGUAUUUUGUUUUUUUUUGGUCGAUUUUUUGUAUAUCAUUCCUUAUAGUUGAUAAAAAAUUAUGUAAUUGUUACCAAAGAUUUAAAUAAAAUUUUGUUGUUGA